ACUGACAGAUUGUCUGACUGAUGGCAAACGUCAAAACACAAAUGCUCGCUGAAUACACACAUUAUUCAAUUAUUUUCUUCAACUUUGCCAAUUUUUUUACAACGUAAAUUGCGAUGAAGACGAAUUAGUUUGUUUGAUAUUUUAAAACUUCAUUUUAGGACACACAAUGUUUCGAUAGAAACUGUUGGAAAGUAUUUUUAUUUCGAAGUGCAAUUUACGGCUAAAUUAAAGGAUUCAUCCAGAAACCCGCGUUGGUUUUGAACGAUAAACGAUCCGAUUAUUUAGUUUUUGUGAAUCAAAAUGAAUAUUCUUAGAAGGACUACUAUCGGAAUUCGAUAUGGUGUUAUCCAUUUUAGUAGCAAAGCCGAUAAAAACACCUUUUCACCGCACACAUACUGUCUUGAUUUGGUUAGGAAUCAUGACUAUGAGAACUUCUUGGCUACACUUCUCAUCAAAGGUCAGCUGGAGCGGCGUGGAGCCUUCGCUGUACGGGCAUUCAAUGUUGAGAUAGCUAAAGUGGCUGGAUCGGUCUCUGAUGAGAAAAUCGGGCAAAUUCGGCUAAAAUUUUGGCAUGACGCGAUCAAUAAAAUAUAUGACAAAGACAAGAGUAAAAAAUUGCCCGAGCAUCCGGUUAUUCACGAAGUGAAUAAUGCAGUGAUUAAGUACAAAUUACCCAAACUGUACUUCCAACGAUUGAUUACGGCGAGACAACGUCAGUCAAAUAUGAUGUUUUCAACGCUUGAAGAGCUCGAACAGCACACAGAAAUAUCGACAUCUUCGAUAUAUUACCUGCUCGUAAAGAUAGCCGGAGUGGAUGAUUUGAGUGUGGAUCACGCUGCAUCACAUCUCGGCAAAUCCCAGGGAAUAGCCAAUAGUCUAAGAACAUUAGGUGCUGUAACAGUGAGACAAACACGGGGCUUAUCAGCACUUCCACCGAUACCACAGGAGAUUCUACUGAAGCACGGUUGUAGCUACGAAAAAGUACUCCGACAGCAGCCAGAUGAUAUUGCCGUGCAAAACUGUAUUUUCGAUGUGGCAAGUACGGCCAAAGUUCACUUGGAUAAGGCACGAAACUUGAGCAAUAAAGUGCCAUCAGCAGCGAAAAAUGUAUUUCUGCCAGCGCUGGCAGUUGAUCGAUUCUUGACUCGCCUGCAAUUAACCAAUUUCCAAUUGUACAGCGAUCGCUUGGCCAAACGUGACGGAAUGCUGGCACUAGUUUAUUUUUGGAAUAAUCUUCGAAGAAGAUACUAGACUGUAAAAUGCAAAUGUGUUCAAGUAUUGUGAAUAAAAGUCAGAAUUGUUUUAUUUUUAAACUUAAAUAAAUAUCGAUUUUUAUUGUUAGUUUGUCGAUUGUUUAGUCUCCACCAUGAUCUUGGUUCUUAUUUAAAUUUUUACUACUAAUUCAAUCUAUUAUUUUGUUUUUAUUUCCAUUUUUGUUGCUUGUCGAUUUGAAUUGUUUUUGUUGCGACAAUCUUGCUUGGGGUCGAUUUCUCGCUUUGAAAUGCAUCUGUCGAACAGUUCUAGUUUUGUUUCUUUGUUUGCUAUUGGAUAAAUUUGUUUUUAAUAUCAAUUUAUUAUUAUUAUUUUCUAAAAUAGUACUUUGCAAUUGUGAAAAAAAACAUAACACGCUCAAAUGGACUGGAUACAAAAAAAAUAUAUCAUGAUUUGUUGAUUUCUCAUCA